CCAUAGAGCAUGUAUUCAAUAUUUUGCCCAAAGAGCAUGUAAUCAUUAUUUUGUAUGCAGGGGGUGUAUUCAAUGUUUUGCCCAUAGAGCAUGUUUUGCACAGGGCAUGUAUAUUGAAUGCAGGGCAUAUAUUUAAUUUAUUGCCCAUAGAGCAAUGUUCAAUGCAUUGCAAUGAUGUGACAUGCAAUGUUCAAUGUAUUGUCCAUAGGGCAUAUAUUCAAUAUAUUGUCCACAGGGUAAAUACUUGUAUAUUGCCCACAGGGCAUAUGUAUUGCCCAUAUGACAUGUAUCCAAUGCAGUUUAUGGCAAAUAUUCAUCUUGUACAAAGGGCAUAUAUUUAAUAUAUUUUCCGGAAAGCAUACUUUCAAUGUAUUGUCCAUGUGGCACACAUUCAAUAUAUUGCCCGUAUCAC